CCUCCUCCCAGAGCCAGCCUAGCGGCAGAGACAGCGGCAGCCUGAGAGGCAGGCAGAGCAGCCCAGGCAGCAGAACUGGAUCGGGUGCUGAGUACAGGCAGCCAAGAACCAGCCAUUGCUCUUGGUUCCUGCACCUGCUCGGAGUGCCCCAAGCCAGAACUCUGGGCAGGAGGGGGUGGACAGGGCGAGGUGCCACCUUAGUCUGGCUGGGGAGGCAGAUGAUGAGGAGUGAUGGGGCAGGCAUGCGGCCACUCCAUCCUCUGCAGGAGCCAGCAGUACCCGGCAGCGCGACCGGCUGAGCCGCGGGGCCAGCAGGUCUUCCUCAAGCCGGACGAGCCACCGCCGCCGCAGCCAUGCGCCGACAGCCUGCAGGAUGCUUUGCUGAGCCUGGGCGCUGUUAUCGACAUCGCCGGCCUGCGGCAGGCUGCCAAGGAUGCCCUCUCAGCCGUGCUUCCGAGAGUGGAGACUGUCUACACCUACCUGCUGGAUGGGGAGUCCAGGCUGGUGUGUGAGGACCCCCCUCAUGAGCUGCCACAGGAAGGAAAAGUCCGGGAGGCUGUGAUCUCCCGGAAGCGGCUGAACUGCAAUGGGCUGGGCCCCUCGGAUCUACUAGGAAAGCCCUUGGCCAGGCUGCUGGCUCCACUGGCUCCUGACACCCAAGUGCUGAUCAUACCCCUGGUGGACAAGGAGGCUGGAACAGUGGCAGCCGUCAUCUUGGUGCACUGUGGCCAGCUGAGUGAGAGUGAGGAGCGGAGCCUGCAGGCAGUGGAGAAGCAUACUCUGGUGGCCCUGCGGAGGGUGCAGGCCCUGGGGCGGCAGCGUGGGCACAAAGCUGUUCAGAACACCUCGGUGGAUGCCUCUGAGGAGCAAAAGGAUGAGCGGGGGUACACCGACCAUGACCGGAAGAUCCUGCAGCUGUGUGGGGAGCUCUAUGACUUGGAGGCCACUUCCCUGCAGCUCAAAGUCCUUCACUAUCUUCAGCAGGAGACACAGGCAUCUCACUGCUGCCUCCUGCUGGUGUCAGAGGACAACCUGCAGCUUUCCUGCAAGGUCAUUGGAGAUAAAGUGCUGGGAGAAGAGAUCAGUUUUCCCUUGACCAUGGGACGCUUGGGCCAGGUGGUGGAAGACAAGAAGUGUAUCCGGUUGAAGGACUUAACCUCUGAUGACGUGCAACAGCUACAAACCAUGUUGGGCUGUGAGCUGCAGGCUAUGCUAUGCGUCCCUGUCAUCAGUCGUGCCACUGAUCAGGUGGUGGCUCUGGCUUGCGCCUUCAACAAGUUUGGAGGAGAAUUGUUCACAGAGGAGGAUGAGCAUGUGAUCCAGCAUUGCUUCCAUUACACAGGCACGGUGCUCACCAGCACCUUGGCCUUCCAGAAGGAGCAGAAGCUCAAGUGUGAGUGUCAGGCUCUUCUCCAAGUGGCAAAGAACCUCUUCACCCACCUGGAUGAUGUCUCUGUCCUGCUACAGGAGAUCAUCACGGAGGCCAGAAACCUCAGCAAUGCAGAGAUCUGCUCCGUGUUCUUGCUGGAUCAGAAUGAGCUGGUGGCCAAGGUGUUUGAUGGCGGUGUAGUGGAUGAUGAGAGCUAUGAGAUCCGCAUCCCGGCGGACCAGGGCAUCGCGGGCCACGUGGCCACCACGGGCCAGAUCCUGAACAUCCCAGAUGCAUACGCCCAUCCGCUCUUCUAUCGCGGUGUAGACGACAGCACCGGCUUCCGCACUCGCAACAUUCUCUGCUUCCCCAUCAAGAACGAGAACCAAGAGGUCAUCGGUGUGGCUGAGCUGGUCAACAAGAUCAAUGGACCGUGGUUCAGCAAGUUUGAUGAAGACCUGGCCACAGCCUUCUCCAUCUACUGUGGCAUCAGCAUCGCCCACUCUCUCCUAUACAAAAAGGUGAAUGAGGCGCAGUACCGCAGCCACCUGGCCAACGAGAUGAUGAUGUACCACAUGAAGGUCUCUGAUGAUGAGUACACCAAACUUCUCCACGACGGUAUCCAACCCGUGGCUGCCAUUGACUCUAACUUUGCCAACUUCACCUAUACUCCUCGCUCCUUGCCUGAGGACGACACUUCUAUGGCCAUCCUGAGCAUGCUGCAAGAUAUGAAUUUCAUCAAUAACUACAAAAUCGACUGCCCUACUCUGGCCCGGUUCUGCCUGAUGGUGAAAAAAGGCUACCGGGAUCCACCCUACCACAACUGGAUGCACGCCUUUUCUGUCUCUCACUUUUGCUACCUGCUGUACAAGAAUCUGGAGCUCUCCAACUACCUCGAGGACAUCGAGAUCUUUGCCUUGUUUAUUUCCUGCAUGUGUCAUGACCUGGACCACAGAGGCACAAACAACUCCUUCCAGGUGGCCUCGAAAUCUGUGCUGGCUGCCCUCUACAGCUCGGAAGGCUCUGUCAUGGAGAGGCAUCACUUCGCCCAGGCCAUUGCCAUCCUUAACACCCACGGCUGCAACAUCUUUGACCACUUUUCCCGGAAGGACUAUCAGCGCAUGCUGGACCUGAUGAGGGACAUCAUCCUGGCCACAGACCUGGCACACCACCUCCGCAUCUUCAAGGACCUGCAAAAGAUGGCUGAAGUGGGCUAUGACAGAACCAACAAGCAGCAUCACAGGCUUCUCCUGUGCCUCCUCAUGACCUCCUGUGACCUCUCUGACCAGACAAAGGGCUGGAAGACCACCAGAAAGAUUGCGGAGCUGAUCUACAAAGAGUUCUUCUCCCAGGGAGACUUGGAGAAGGCCAUGGGCAACAGGCCAAUGGAGAUGAUGGACCGGGAGAAGGCCUACAUCCCUGAGCUGCAGAUCAGCUUCAUGGAGCACAUCGCCAUGCCCAUCUACAAGCUGUUACAAGACCUGUUCCCCAAGGCAGCGGAGCUGUAUGAGCGCGUGGCCUCCAACCGUGAGCACUGGACCAAGGUGUCCCACAAGUUCACCAUUCGAGGUCUCCCCAGUAACAACUCGCUGGAUUUCCUGGAUGAGGAAUAUGAGGUGCCCGAUUUGGAUGGCACUAGGGCUCCAGUCAAUGGCUGCUGCAGCCUCGAGGCUGAGUGAUUCCCCUCUGAGGACCCUCCCUGCCCUGCCCUCCUUCCGCAAAUCUCUACCAGUCUGUCUGACGCAUUGGGAACCAGAGCCAUGGGUCCUGGGUUCUAGGCCAGGAUGCCCCCUGUGACCUGGCAUACACUACCCUUCUUGGACCUCAGCUUUCUCAUCUGUAGAAGGGAAGCAAGAUUCCCAGUCUCACACAGACUUGGCCAUUUGUUCUACAAGAGCACAGUGGUGACCAGGGGCAAUGGAUGCUGUUCUGCACCUCUGACUAUCCCAGGCCCAGUCUUGCCCAAACCACUCCACUUCUGAGCAACGUCAGGGCUCCUUCUGUGACCCCGUUAUAACCCUCUAGGUCAGUCCCCUUGUUUUCCUGGAGGAAUCCCUGCUCCCUGGGGACUCCAAGAGCCUCAUGGAAGAAGACGAGAUUGCUGAGUGGGC